AUGGAAAGGGCAAGAGAAACAGGAGAAGGAAGCUCAUCGUCGUUGAGGCAACAACGAAACCUCAGAGAGAAAGAGCGGCGAAUGCGCAUGAAACAUCUCUUCUCUAUACUCUCUUCUCUUGUUUCUCCCACUCGAAGGUUGCCAGUGCCUCAACUUAUAGAUCAAUCGGUAUCAUAUAUGAUCCGAUUAAAAGAUAAGGUGAACUAUUUGGAGGAGAAGAAAAGGGCAUUGUUAGGAGGAGAAGUCCAGAAUCGCUCUCAAGGGUCGUCACUUCAGCCAAAACUCAGUAUUAGGUCACGGGAUUCGACCAUAGAAAUGAAUCUGGUUAUGGAUGUAAACAUAAAAAGAGUAUUGUUACAUGAGCUUGUAAGUGUUUUUGAACAAGAAGGAGCUCAAGUUAUGAGCGCCAACCUUCAGAACUUGAAUAAUAGGACCUUUUAUACCAUCAUAGCGCAGGCCAUCAUAUGUCGUAUCGGGAUUGAUCCAUCAAAGAUAGAAGAGAGAGUAAUGAGUAUAAUCUCAUAA